AUGAAUCUACCGAGCGAAAAUGAAAAGUACGAGAUAGCGGAGCAACUCUUGGGCAUUUCCUUGGACCCUUUAAAGCCAAUAUCAUUAUUCACAACAUAUUUCAACUAUUAUGAGUCAAUCAUAUGCCCAAGUUUUACAAAAGAUACAGUUGUCGAUAUUGUCACCCCAGUGCUUCAGGGGCAUUCCGACGUCCUCAGUUACGCGCGAUUGCUUUGCGAAAAGAACACAUCAUCCCGAGAUGAAAUAGUAGCCGAGUGGUUUCCCAAUCGUACUAGCACAGCAGCAGAAAGAGAGCACAUCUCAAGAUCCAUAGUCAAUGUUGCCUUUAUGAUCGAUUGCAACGAAAGGGACUAUUACCCGGAGGGAUACCACGAGAAUGGCCAACGAGCGAAGUGGGAUGGAAGCCAAAGCUUCCUGCACUUUCUUGAGAAGUCAUUCCCGUAUGAGAAGGAUGACACUGAUGUGACAUUGGGUGGCAAAACAUCACUCAAGGCAUGGAAGCUAUCCAAAAGAUACGGAAUCAGCAUCAGGGGCACAGAUAACCUCCUAGAGCACCUAGCGUACAACCCAAGGGAACAAACCCUUACGGUAUUCCACCACGUCGAAUAUCUACGUUCAAAUCUCCGACGUUCCAGGGAUGCGAGUUUGGAAGAUGGAUUUGCUAAUAGUUUAAAACUAAGAACAUUGCCGCCACAACUCUUGUUCGAGACAAUUCUCUCCAUACAUUCGAUACUAUUCCCAAUUGCCAGUUCUGGAAAUAAACGAUCUAUAUCUCUUUUGAAGAAAUGUAUUCGAACACAAAAGCUGGACAAGGAACUGCUCUGGGUCGAUUUCGUCCGACCAGUUCCGUCUGACUUCACCUUCAGAUACUGGGGAAGACGAUUGGAGAAACUUCAGGAACUCACAAGACGGCCGCCUCCAAGGAACUCCAUGAUGGCCUGGUUUGAAAGACAUACCUCGGAGAGAAAUGCGUUGACGGCUGCUAUAAUUGGACUCUUUUUAACCGCGCUCUUUGGUUUUCUUGGGGUCGUGGUAGGCGUACUUCAAUUAGUUGCAUCGUGGCUAGCAUUGCAGCAGCAGAACUAA